GAGAUAAACGAAAGCUGUAAUCAAAGAAGUUAAGUCAAAGACUUGUAGUAGUUAAGCUUAUUGAUGAAUAGGCAAAGGCAAAGAUAAAAUACAGACACACACACACGCAUACAUAGGCACAAUAAGCAAUGAACGGCAACUGCGGCUGUCACAACGGCAAAUCAUUUAAAUAUUGAGGCAAUUGAUAAAAGGCAUCGUCUAUGGUAGCAAUUAACAGUGACAGCGGCAACGGCAGCGACAACGACAACAAUUGCAACAACAGUACUAAUUUAGCAAUGGCCUUAAAGUGCAAUGCCAAUGCAUCCCAACCAACAACUCCGGAAUCUUUGCGCUUUGGCUGCACUCACUAUAAACGACGUGCUAUGUUUGUGACGCCUUGCUGUAAUAAAUUCUACAAGUGCCGCUUCUGCCAUGAUGAGAACGAAACGCAUCACUUCGAUCGUAAAACUCUCACAGAGCUCAUCUGCUCCGAGUGCAAUACCAGACAAAAGGUCCAGGAGCAGUGUGAAAAGUGUGGAGUGCGUUUUGGCAAAUACACUUGCCUCAUAUGCAACCUAUUUGAUGAUUCGGAUAAGCAGCAAUAUCAUUGUCAUGGCUGUGGAAUCUGCCGCAUUGGGGGUGCACAUAAUUUCUUUCACUGCGAGGUCUGCAACAUGUGUCUGCCCAUUCAGCUAAAGAUCGAUGGACACAAGUGUGUGGAGAAUAUAUCGCGCUCGCAUUGUCCAGUUUGUCUGGGGGAUAUACACACAUCGCGCAUUCCAUGCCACAUUCCGGACUGUGGUCACUUGCUGCAUAAGAUGUGCUUCGACCAGUUGCUCGCCUCGGGCCACUACACCUGUCCCACCUGCCAGACAUCGAUGAUUGACAUGACAGCACUGUGGGAGUAUCUGGAUGAGCAGGCAAUGCGCAUACCCAUUCCGCUCAAGUAUGAGAAUCAUCGUGUGCACAUCUUUUGCAACGAUUGUCAUGAGACUUCCAAAACGAAAUUCCAUUUCAUUGGACUCAAGUGUGUGCAUUGCGGCGCCUACAACACAUCACAUGAUAUCAAGCGACGUCUAUCGCUGGUCAACGAUGAACCCACAACGGCCUGAUAUUUGCUUUCUCUCAUGCCUCAGACCCAGCCCAGAACUUAUUCCUACUCCUCAAGCCAGCCAGCAAACUGCAACAGGAAUUCUCUUGCCAUGCUCCAGUUUUGAAGAAUUGACAAACACAUUGAAUUGAAAACUGAAAUCGAAACGCAUUGAAUUUAGAACAAAUUCGAGCUGGUAUCGAAUAUAAUUAUCUAUAUAUACAUAAUCCUAUAGCUUAUGAAGAUCCGCUCUUUUGGCUUCCGCUAUGCAUCACAAAAAUAUUUUACAAAUUUACAAACAGUUGUCAAAUUUUCUCGAAUUUUUUGCUGCACAAAUUA